CUUGGAACAGGUAAACCAGCAGUGGGCGUGCACGGACCAGUGCCCCGACAGCGCGGUGAGGACGUGCGCGAUCCCGAUGGCGGCGAGCGCGAUGAAGCCGGCCUCCGGGUACUCGGCGCCGCCGUACACCGCCAGCCACAGGUACAGCCAGGCCGGGUACAGCACCGCCACAAAGGGCAGCACCGUGCCGUGAAGGAGCCGAGGCCGGCGGCGGUACAGCGACACGGCCUGGACCAGCUCGUCUGCGGGCUCCGGGGCCGCGUUAUUCCCGGCAGGGACCGUCUUUCUUUGCCCCAGCGCUUCGGCACUGUCUCCUGCCAUGUUUACUGCACUACGAGCCCCGGGACUGAGCGGGACAGGCAGGCCGAGCAGCGAACUGCUCCUUCCGCGCAAGCCGCCAUGGAAAUCACAGCCAAGUACUGCCGCAAGGAGAUGGAGGACUAUGGGAUGUGUGUGGCUUCAAACCCGUCGUCCUGGCAACAGGACUGCCACCAGCUCAAAGUCAAGGUGGCCCAUUGCACCUCUUCACACCCGGUUAUCCAGAAGAUCCGGUCGGACUGCUCCGAGCCCUUCUCUGCUUUCGAGCAGUGCCUGAAGCUGAACCAGACCUCCGUGGGCAACUGCUCUGAACACAUCAGCAAGUUCCUGGCCUGUGCGGAGACUGUGAAGCUGGCCAGCCUAGCAGGUGAACCCGUUGCAGUGCCCCAUGUCUAGAGCCCCGAACACUACUCUCCUCCUCCGGACACCACAGGCUCUGUUUAUCUGUUUUUAAUGGAAGAAUUUUUACCAAAAAGUGGAAAGAAAAUCAAUGUCCCAUUGUAAUACUGGACAAGGGAACCACUGAAUUAAAAAAAGACUCUGGAUCAAUGUUAAUCCCAAACUCAGUAAUGUCCCUUUAAAUGUGUCUAUAUAUAUAUACACACACACUGUAUGAUCCUGCAGAUGGUUAGAGAAUGGACUUUACAAGCCUUUCACGCUGGAGGCUUGAGUUUGAAUACAGUCACAAGUUUGAGAACUGUUGGAGAACCUGUUCCCUCAUCACCAGUAGCUCGCAGUGUGCUAUUCUGGUAUAGCUGACUCACAACUCCAGCAGGAAUAACAUUGAGUCAAGAGGCUGCGUCUGGGCUGAGUGUACACCGUUUAGAAUGAUUGCAGCUGACAAACAUUCCACCAGUCGUACCUGUUGUGUACUUGUGUAGCUACAGAGGUCUCAAAAGCUCAUUUAACAAAAAAAAAACUGAUUUCUGGUAUUUACAAUAUGAUAUCCAGCACUACACUAGGUUAAAGGAUGUUCUCAGUUUGCUUGCCUUACUCUCAGGAAAUCUGUUGCACUUGACCAAGGAAGU